AUGCGUCGCCACAGCACCAAGACUGGAGUCGCUCUGCCUCCAGUGGGCCAAGGUCCAGAGGCUUGUCAGAUGCUCACUCGAGCUCAGCUCGGCCAGGAUCCCCCACAGAGAACCGUGCUAGGGGUGUUGACUGAAAAUGAACAGUACAGGAGGACCUGUGGCCAGGAGAUUACAACAGUCAGAUGUUUUGCUGGAUCAGAAAAUGUCUUCCCUGUGGCUGGAAAGAAAGUGCUCCCUGACUCUGGGGUCAACGAGCCAGCCAAGCAUGGAUUUGACAUCUAUAUGGAUGAGCCUGAACAGGGGGGCCGUGACAGCUGCCCAGGGAGAGAGGGGAUAGUGUUUGAGGAUGUGUACGAAGUAGACACAAGUAUGCUGAAAUCGGACCUCCACUUCCUGCUGGAUUUCAACACAGUUUCCCCAAUGCUGGUCGACUCCAAUGCCCAUGCCCAGUCGGAGGAAGCGGCGGAUUUUGGUUCAGACGUGAUUAAUGUAACAGAAUAUGCCGAAGAGAUUCAUCGCUACCUGCGAGAAGCCGAAGUAAGACACAGACCCAAGGCCCACUACAUGAGGAAGCAGCCGGACAUCACGGAGGGCAUGCGCGCCAUCCUGGUGGACUGGCUGGUGGAGGUUGGGGAAGAAUAUAAACUUCGCACAGAGACCCUGUACUUGGCUGUCAACUUCCUGGACAGGUUUCUUUCCUGCAUGUCUGUUCUGAGAGGGAAGUUGCAGCUUGUCGGGACAGCGGCUAUUCUCCUGGCUUCGAAAUAUGAAGAGAUCUACCCGCCCGAUGUGGACGAGUUUGUCUACAUCACGGACGACACGUACACAAAGCGGCAGCUUCUGCGGAUGGAGCAUCUGCUACUGAAAGUUCUCGCAUUUGAUCUGACCGUUCCAACCACCAACCAGUUUCUCCUUCAGUACUUGCGGCGGCAAGGAGUGUGCAUCAGGACUGAGAACCUGGCUAAGUAUGUUGCAGAACUGAGCCUUCUCGAAGCUGACCCAUUCUUGAAAUAUCUUCCUUCCUUGGUAGCUGCAGCGGCUUACAGCCUGGCAAACUACAUUGUGAACAGGCACUUCUGGCCAGAAACGCUUGCUGCAUUUACGGGCUAUUCAUUAAGUGAAAUAGUGCCUUGCCUGAGUGAGCUGCACAAAGCCUGCCUCAGUAUACCCCACCGACCUCAGCAAGCCAUCAGGGAGAAGUACAAGACUUCAAAGUACCUGCACGUGUCCCUCAUGGAGCCACCUGUAGUUCUUCCCCUGCAGUGA